CUGUCAGCUCCAGGCCGGAUUGGGAGCCCGAAGUCGCAUCGUCCAUGGUAAGGGACCUCUGGAUAAUUCAACGAUUCAUGCAGAUUUACUUGUACGCUUUUCUCCUCAUGAGAUGCCUCUCAAACUCAAGCUCAAUGCGCAUUGCAAUACCCGACAUCUGAGCACUUCUCAUUCCCUUCGCACUCCGCACUCAUCCCCAGCCAAGCCCGAACAUGGCACCAUAUUCCGUUGACAUGGUGUUUCCCACCGCAAUCCUGGCCAUGAACUCUCUUGGCCUCGGACUUUCUUUCAUGGCCGUCGUGGUUCGGCUUUGUGCCCGGCACGCUAGAAACAUAAGAUGGAGGCUGGCUGACUACACAAUCAUCGUUUCCUGGAUCUUUACUUUUGGCUUGGUGGUUAGCGAGAAUUACAUCGUCGUCAAAGGCGGCGUUGGUCAGCAACUUGAAAUGGUAGACAUGGAAGAGCUGCUAUUCGCACAGAAGCAAUUUCUCGUCCUUGGGGUUUGCGGCUCGUUGGCAGUGACUUUUGUCAAAAUCUCUUUGCUGGAUUUCUUCCUGUCCAUCUUCUCCAUACGCAAAAGCUUCCGCCUUGCGGCUUACACUCUCAUGGCGAUGACCAUAGGCUAUGGCAUCUCAUUCACCAUCGCGACACUGGCAAGCUGCCAACCAUUUGAGGCAAACUGGGACAAAUUGAACAAUCCUGGUUACAAGUGUAUCAACACGUCGGUGUUUUACGUGGCACAGGGGGCUAUUGGAGCUGCUCUGGACAUUUCCAUUUUGCUCAUGCCGAUUCCAAUUGUGUGGUCCAUGAAAGCCAAGACACAAAGAAAGAUUGGGCUAACUUUCCUCUUUACUAUUGGUAUCUCGAUCUGCGUCAUUUCUUUAUUCCGUUUAUACUACAACACCCGAUCGACCUGGAUGGUGACCCAUUUCACUGAGUACGCGGGUAUCGCCGCCAUCUUGGGUGCAUUGGAGGCCAACCUCUCGAUCAUCUGCGCGUGCCUCCCAGCAUUCCCAUCACUCCUGAAACCACUCAUUGAGAAGCUGAGAUCCAAUCUUAGCUCCAACAAGUCGGGUAGCUUUCUGGGCCUGUUCUACAAAUUCUCAUCCCGUCGAACGAGAGGUCCUACCACUGGAUCAAUCAAGCUGACAUCCUCGGCUGAGGCUUUGGGACCAGGGCAUUCUUCGGCGCCCACAGACCCAGAGAAUGGGUACAAUAGGCCAAAGAAUGUUGAUUAUACUAGCAGACUCUAUCCACUGAGUGAAACAUCAGCAAGUCGUGGGAGUAUCGAAGGCGCCAUGUUUUGGCCGAAGGCAGGUCAAGUAGGCGUGCAAACAAUCACCACGGCAGAGUCGGUGGAACUGGAAAGACUCGGGGGAAGGAUGGAGACUUGGGGGAAUGUUCGUCCAUGAAUCCCUCAUGAUUGGUGAUUCUCUGCUCUUUUGGUACGAGCUUUGAGUUAUUAAGCAUCAAACAAAUUUUUGUAUAUGUACGUACAUGUACAAAACUAAAGAAGAAGUCCAAAACCCUUUCCUUAUAAACUAAGUUAGCUGGAAAGAAGUUGCUUAUAUUCAUACUUUACACUCGCUAGUGACUUAGAAUAUAAUAACUUCAUGAGUAA